AUGGAAACUGUUUUACCCAGGUUGUCUGGCCGACCUUCUCCUCAGUUUGCUGUCCGAGCUCCAAAGAGGUUCUGGGCCGAUGAAAGGUCUGCUCCUUCUUCCGAGAAGAAAAAGGAAAUUUCCUUAAUGCCCCCGUCGCCUUCUUUUGAUAUAAAUGGAAGUGGGGAGAAUGAUCAACUUAUUGUUCCCUUUGAUGUGAAGUACCAUACUGGUACGCUUCCUUAUUCUUCCAUGACCCUUUCAGAGCUUCCUGAUGUUGUUAACAUUGAAUCACCUUCCGAAGCUGCUUCCUCCAAGGAGGUUAGCCGACCUCCCGCCAAAGCUUCUUCUCAAGCUUCAAAGCCGAGCUCCCGCAGCACCAAGUCGUCUCGGCCAUCUAGCCGUGUGGAGCGGGGUACUGCCCAUUCUUCUGGAGAGGGAUCGGGGGGAAAAUCUAAGUCCCCUAUUGAAGACAAAGAGGCCUCAGGGAAAGGGCUGGAGAUCGUCCUUAUAGAGGACUCAGCUCCAGAGGUUCCUACCCAAGAUGCCCCUGCCCCUGCGAGGACUGAACUUGAGGGUUCUGAGGGCGUUCCAUCUAAGACCGGGGACAAGCGCCCAGCCCCUUCUGGAACAGCUGCCCCAUCUCCUGCUCGGAAGAAGUCCAGGGCUGCUGCAGGGUCUUCUCCGGCUCUUCCUUCCAUUGGGAAAGGAAAAAGUGUGGCUGCCGAGCCUCCGUUGUUUUCUUCUGACAAUUCUCUGAAAGCAUCGGACAUUACCUCCGAGUCUCCGGCCAGUGCUGUUGCUGACUUUCUCAAAGAGCAAAUGUUUGGUGGAGUUACAGAGGCUUCGGACCCUCGCCUUCUUGCCCUGACUGGUCUCUUAGCCAGUUCUACUAAGGAGCAAACAUCCUUCCAGUCUCGCUCUCGUGAGGAGCUCGGAUCCUCGAUUAGGGAAAUGCUUCUGAUGGUGACGGGCCUCCUUAUGGAGGUGGAUAUCCGUGAUCGUUCCCUCCGGGAGUCUGUAGACCGCCGGAUUGAAGAGGCGCGUCUGGAGGAAAACAUAUCUGCAACCAAUGACGCGAGGGGGAAUCUGGUAGCCGCUCGGGAGCAGAUCCAGUCCCUCCAAGUGGAAUUGCACUCUGCACUGGAAGCCCUAAAAAAAGCUGAGGAAAAAGCAGCUGAGACAGCAAAGCAUACCUCGUCCUUAGAAGCAGAGCUGUCUCGGACUCGUGGGGUCCUCAAAGUGUCUGAUGAGAGGGCAGCUGCCUUGGAGGUUCGCUGCAAAGGAGUUUCGGAACAGCUGUCCUCUAUGGCAGAUGCUCUUCAAGAGAGGAAUGAGGCUUUGAGCCAAAAGGCUGAGGUCCAGCGCCAGUAUGAUGCCUUAAAGGCAGAUCUUGAAGGACUUCAGACUCGUCUGAAUGAAGUGGAAACUCAAAGAGAGAUGGCCCUAGCUCGGGUACAGUCAGCUGAGAUUUCUUCGGAAGAGUCCGAGCUAGAAGGAGAGGACGUGGAAGUCCUUGGGUCGAAGGAUGAUGACCCUGUUUCUGAGGGGGAGAACCCUAACCUUGGGUCAGAGGUUGCUCCUGCUGUUAAUAUUGAGAGCUCUGAUCCAAGGGAUACCGAGCUUCCUGCAGAUAUGACUGCCAAUAGAGAUAAUGUAGGCGAGGAGGUUUUAACUAAUAUAAACAAAUUUCUUCGUUUAUGA